AUGGAUACUUACCCGGAGACGUUAGUCAAGCACUUCACUGACCAGGGAUCAGACCAUCGUGCUCUUCUGCUUGCAGAUAAACCAUAUGUUCGUACUAGUCGGCCUCUUUUCCGUUUUGAUGCCCGUUGGGCGGAUAAUCCGGAAGUUAGGGCUAUGGUCAACUAUGUCUGGCAGGAAGAAAUCCAAGGCACCCCUAUGUUUCGACUAUGGGAACGCCUAAAGAAACUCCGUCGUUUGUUAUAUGAUUGGAGUAGGGCGGGUACAACUAAUUCCCUGCGGAAUAUUAGGACGCUCCAAGAUGAGAUUGAUAGGAUAAAAUCGAUCCACCCAGUUCAGUGGGAUGAGAUCAGGAUGCUGGAGACGGAGCUCUCCCGUCAGUGGGAAGCAGAGGAGGUGUUCUGGCAGCAAAAAUCCAGAGUUAAGUGGCUAAAAAAAGGAGAUCAAAAUUCUGCCUAUUUCCAUACGGUUACUAGGGCUCGGCGGAAGAGGAAUUUUGUUUCUGGCCUUCGGAAUGAGGAGGGUGCUUGGAUCACGGAGGAAACAGGGAAGGCUUCUAUUGCCACUAAUUUUUAUCAGACUUUGUUUACCUCUGAAAAUCAGGUUCCUAAUAUGACUGAGAGGGUGGCGACUCUGCCAAUUGCCCGUAAUGUUACUCCGCAAAUGAAUGCUCAGUUGACGGCAGAGGUUCUACCGAGUGAGGUCCGGACUACGGUCUUUUCCAUGGGUUCGAAACAGGCCCCGAGAUCGGAUGGCUUCACAGGGAAGUUCUUUGAAGCUUUCUGGGAUAUAGUGGGCACUUCGGUGAUUGAAGCAGUAAUUUCCUUCUUUACCUCGAGUCGGAUGCUGCGAAGCUUUAAUCAUACAUGGCUCACUUUGAUCCCUAAAGUGGAAUCGGUGGAAACAAUUAGACAAUUACGCCCGAUUAGUCUCUGUCAGUUUGUGUACAAAGUGAUUACCAAAAUCAUGGCUGCACGACUGGCUAGCAUGCUCCCUCGAAUUGUUUCGGAAGGCCAAAAUGGCUUUAUCAGGGAUCGGCAGAUCAUUGAUAAUAUCCUGAUAGGACAUGAACUGAUGCAUUACUUGAAAAUUAAGACGCAAGGUAAGAAAGGGUACAUGGCUCUAAAGGUUGACAUGGAAAAGGCCUAUGAUAGAGUCGAAUGGUCCUUCUUGCUUGCAGUUUUGGAUAAGAUGGGCUUUAGUUCAGUCUGGCAAGGAUGGAUACAUGAAUGUCUUCGAUCCUCCUCUUUCUCGGUUCUCAUGAAUGGUACGCCCUCAGGAUUUUUCACGGCCUCUAGGGGCCUUCGCCAGGGGGAUCUGCUCUCGCCUCUCUUGUUUGUUCUCUGCACGGAGGGGUUUGCAGCCCUUCUUCGGCAGGCGAUCACGGAGAAAAAAUUAGAGGGUGUAAAAGUAGCCCCUCGUGCUCCAAGAAUCUCGCACCUGUUCUUUGCGGAUGAUUCUUAUCUAUUCUUGCGCGGUUCUUUGCAGGAGUGCGAGAAUUUGAUUGUGGUGUUGAAUGAGUAUGAGGAACUGAGUGGUCAACGCGUUAAUUUGGAUAAAUCGGCACUGUGCUUUAGUAAGAAUAUUUCCGCUCCAGAUCAAGAGUUCUUGGCCACGAUUCUUGGGGUUGGUGCGGUGGGGGUCCAUGAUAAAUAUCUAGGGCUCCCAACGCUGGUUGCCCGGUCCAAAACAGCUACAUUCAGAUAUUUGGAGGAAAAACUUCUAGAGCGACUCCAGGGGUGGAAACAGAGGACAUUGUCGUGGGCUGCUAAGGAAACAUUAAUUAAAUCCAUAGCGUUGGCUCUUCCUCUGUAUGCUAUGUCCUGUUUCCGGCUUCCCUUGGCUCUUUGUCGCCUUUUCGAUAAGCAUGUGGCCCGUUUUUGGUGGGGUGCGGAGGACGGGAAUCCUAAGAUAAGAUGGGUGUCCUGGCGUAACAUGUGCAGGAGUAAGCAUGAAGGGGGGAUGGGAUUUCGUCAGUUCGAACAUUUUAAUCAAGCUCUUUUGGCUAAGAUAGGCUGGCGUAUCCUCAAUGACCCUCAUUCACUUAUUGCCCAGGUCUAUAAAGGCAAGUAUUUCCCUCAAGGGUCUUUUCUAACUGCGACUGCUAGAUCGCGGCCCUCUUGGGGGUGGCAAAGUAUCCUUCAUGGGCGUAUGUUAUUGGAAAGAGGGUUGAGAUGGCAGGUGGGAAAUGGGCAAUCGGUCUCCCUUCUCCAGUCUAACUGGAUUCCUGGGUAUUAG